GUGGUUACUGUUUGCCUUGGAAAAUAUCAUCGUUUGAAUGUUUUUUUUUUUUUUUCUACAUCCUCUUUUGCGUUUUUGGCGAGGUUGUUUAUCUGUAGUAAGGGGACCUUGAAACCGUCGUGCCCCAUUUCCUCGGUUGUUUUCCUCCCCGCCUGGUUCUCCAUGUUGUUGAGCUUCGGCGAGGUUCUACACUAGUCCUACGAUCAACAACAUACCUGAUCUACAAUACAGGACAGGACGACAGAGGACCAUAGGACCGAUAGCCGAAAGAACCCGACCCGGAGCCCAGCCCCAGAACCCCGUCCCGAAGCCGAGCCCCAGAAAACCGUCCCGGAGCCCAGCCCUCCCGCGGACCCUCGGGGACAGUGUGGGACGGAUGACAGUGGUCUGACUGAGUGACUCCUCAGUCCCUGAUGAAGGCUCGUCGGGGGUCGGGGACAGGAUUUGACUUCGAGGGCUCUGUGAUUGUCAGAUGGAAAGUUCUAUUAUCACUCAAGUGCAGAAAGAAGACGUCCAAGUGUCGCCGAAAACAGGCGCGGUGAGCCGCUCCUCUCUCAAGCAGCCAAAGAGCUGUAACAUCUUUAAGGCGCUCUUCUGCUGCCUCAAAGCGCAGGAUGGCCCCAAACUGCCACCCCCUCCACCGCCACCGCCUCCACCCUCCUCCCAGCAUGCCUUGCUGGGGUCGCAGGAAAAUGGGACAGUUGUCAAGGAUGAGGGCAGCCUACUGCCUGAGUUGGAUCCCCAGGACCAGGGAAAGAUCUGCGUGGUCAUAGACCUGGAUGAGACCCUGGUCCACAGCUCAUUCAAGCCCAUUAGCAACGCAGACUUCAUCGUGCCAGUGGAGAUAGAAGGGACCACCCACCAGGUCUACGUCCUGAAGCGGCCCUACGUGGAUGAGUUCUUGCAGAGGAUGGGGGAGCUGUUUGAGUGUGUGCUGUUCACAGCCAGCCUUGCUAAGUAUGCGGACCCAGUGACUGACCUGCUGGAUCAGGGCAGUGUGUUCCGGGCCCGUCUGUUCCGGGAGUCCUGCGUCUUCCACCAGGGCUGCUAUGUGAAGGACCUGAGCCGGCUCGGCCGGGACCUGAGGAAGACCCUCAUCCUGGACAACUCCCCGGCCUCCUACAUCUUCCACCCGGAGAACGCUGUGCCGGUGCUGUCGUGGUUCGACGAUGUGGACGACGUUGAGCUCCUCAACCUUCUUCCCGUGUUUGAGGACCUGAGUCAAGCGGACAACGUUUACACCCGUCUGGACCAGCUCCGAGGGCCGUAGAUCUGCUGUGGUCUGCCCACGUUACAGCCCCCUGGUACCAAUGGGGAUCUGGUGCUUUCCGAGCCUCUUGUUAAUCUUUUAAAACAUUGCACCAAACAUGGACAUGUAUCUUGAGUCUUUCUGCACAUGGGGCCUAGCACGUGUUAGCCACUAUUUGAAAGCAGAGAGAUUUGGAAACGGCCACCAAAGUAGUUUGAAAACAAUCGCUCCAGUGAUUGUAUCUAAGUAGUUAUUUUGCCGUCCCUGACUUUACCCUGGGAUGUUUUUGUAUCGUUGUGCCUUUUUUAAGGAACAAAAAAAAUACAUUGGCUCACUUUUUAUUUCAACAGCUUUUGUUAUUUUUUUCUAGUUUUUUUUAUAUAUAAAUCUAUUUUUGAACAGUAAAGGUGGUUUAUCUAUGCAACCCAUUACAUUGACAAUACCUCUUACUGUAGACAGCUGGUAAUGACAUACUGCCCGUGUAAAUGGAGAGGUUGUGAUUUAGAUGAGUGAAUCCGCAAUGGAACACGAAACUGUACUCUACCUUAUUUUCUACAGAACUAUAGGACACGUGAUAAAGUUGAUUAUUUAUCAUACCAGUUCCAAUAACGGUGCAGUGUUGGAACAUAGGGACAGUUGAUGGGAUAUUUUGGAAUGACGCUAUGGCCAUUUAAAAGCAGACACACUGGAAUUCGCCGGUGGCUCCUGACUUAAUAGAAUUAAAGCCACAUUUGUUAAACAAGGUAAAGAAUGAUUUGUCCUUAUGUUUGUCUCUGAUGAUUUGAACCAUAUUGCACUUGUUUUAUAUUCAGUGCUAAAGUGACAGGUGUGCCUGGUGCUGAUAGUGUAGAGCAGGCGGAGUGCACUGUGGAGAUCAAGUGACAGGCUGUGCUACUCGCAGUGCGACACUUGAACAUAUCAUAUCUGAUGAACGUUUUUCUGUAUUUAUUGGCCAAUCGUCGUAUUGUCCAGUACCUCUUACUGCUGAACGGUUUGGCUUGUGAUCCAUUGCCUACUUUAUUGGUGGUUCAGUAUUAGACCAUCCAGUUGUGUUUGUGCCUUGGAGUCUCUCGUGUCAAAGGAAGGGGCAAGCUGUGGAGGACAGAGUGCAGCCGAACCUGAGUCCACUCUCCUGAAGCCUGUUUAGUUAUGCAGCAAAACCACAUUUUCAACUCCAAAUUAUUUUUCCUCUUUUCUCCACUGAGAAUUGCUUUGCUUAUCGAGAAAUAUCAACAAACAUUCUUUGGCUAUACAAUUUGUACAACUAUUGCCUGCAUGUUAAAAAAAAUAGUAACCAUUUAUUAUAAACUGCCAAAUAUUUUUGUUUAGACGGUAAUGAUUGAAUUGUCUUAUACUUAGUGUUGAUUGAAAAUAAGAAUGUUUGUACUAUCAGACCCAAUUCAAGCUAAUUCUUCAUGACACAGUGUACAAAUAAAAGAUGAUUAUAUUUUA